GUGCCGGACAGCACCCAAUACCGGACACUUCCGAUUUUCACACUUCCAACGGUACAUUUGAAUAACUAACAUUACAUAAACAAUAAGAAAAAGAAAUAAAUGAAACCCAUGUGACAGAUAUGUCAAUACAACGCAUGGAAAUCAAUGUUUUGUUUGUUUUUAUUUGCACCUGUUGGGCAGUCGUGUUCCUGCUAAUUCUCCAAUCAGUACAUACGGACCAUUAAAGCUUUACUAAUUGAUAUUAUACAUCUAAUACGUCUUGAAGUGCACUCGAGUAACCAUGGAAAAGAAAAAGCUCUUGUGGUCCGUGGAACGCAUGACUGCUGCUAUAAACAAGGUUUUGGCGAGGGAAAUGACUAUUCGGGAGGCGGCGGAUGCAUUCGGCAUUCCCAAAAGUACUCUCCAUGACAAAACAGUAAGCCUCAAAUCUGGUAAGGAAACGCUCUUGGAGCCGAAAUUGGGCAGGUUUGCCAGCACAUUCUCGUAUGCAUACGAAGAAGAACUUGCAGACCAUGUUCGGGAUUUGGCGAGUAGAUGUUUCCCACUAACCAGGACCGAGUUUCUGAAAAUGGCAUUCGAUUUGGCGCAGCAGAAAGGUUCCACAUCAAUUCAAUGUGAGCAAAGGAACAGCUGGGAAGCACUUCUACUACAACUUCAUGGGAAGACACCCGGAUAUAUCACUGCGAACUCCCGAAUCAACAAGUCUUAUGCGAGCGGUUGGAUUCAACAGGCCACAAGUGGAUUUGUUCUACUCAAACUUACGUACAUUGACGGAGCGGUACAAUUUUCGUCCAUCUAACAUCUACAAUUGCGAUGAAACGGGCGUUACCUGUGUUCAAAAGCACCUUAAGGUAUUGGCUCCAAAAUCGGCCCGGCAAGUAGGUAAAAUUACGUCCGCCGAACGUGGAAAGAAUGUCACAAUCCUGUUCUGCAUGAGUGCAACAGGGGUGUACAUUCCACCGUUUUUCGUAUUUCCAAGAGUUAGGAUGAAUGAUCAUCUCAGGUUCAAUGCUCCCAUGGACAGUAAAGGAGUAGCCCAACCAAAGGGAUGGAUGAAUGGUGAGUUUUUCUUGAAGUGGCUGGAACAUUUCGUGAAAUUUUCACGUCCGUCAAAUGAAUCCCCAGUGUUGAUCAUUCUGGAUGGUCACAGUAGCCACAAAACACUGGAAGUGAUCAAUUUUUGCCGGAAUAAUAAUGUUCAUCUGAUCAGCUUGCCACCCCAUACAAGCCAUAAGAUGCAACCGCUAGAUAGAACUUUCAUGAAGCCCUUCAAAGAUUCAUAUCACGAACGAUGUGACGUGUGGAUAAGGGCACAUUCAGGAGCUCGUAUCACGGACUACGAUAUUGCUGGAAUCGUCAGACAAGCUUAUUUGAAGGUGGCUCGAACGGACAUCGCAACCUCUGGGUUUGAAUGUACCGGAAUAGUACCGUUCGACCCGCAUAAGUUCUGUACAGCUGAUUUUCUCCCCGCUGAUGUAACAAACAUUCCGUUAGAGAAUAAGCCAGUUGAAUCGAAACCAACUGUAUUCGAUGAGAUUCCAGCUGAUAUUUCAUUCCAACCAUCAACAAGUACCACAACAAGGAUGGUCGAAGCUUUGCAAAUAAUAUCACCCAUUCCCGAUGCAGCACAACGAAGAUCUAAUGCGAGAAAAAGAAAGUCACAGAAAAGCGAAAUCCUCACUUCAACGGCGUGUAAAGUUGAGAUCCAAGAGAAGGAGAGUAUAUCAAACACGAAAAAGUUAUGAAGAUGAGCUCAAAGAGUUCUAAGAAGGAAGAAUAUCCGGAAAGCAUCAUGAUUUCGGUAAAAGUGGAGGUUGAGGAGAAAGAAAAUUUGAAGACUCCGAAAUUGCAGUUGAACACCAGGAAGGGGAAAAAACGCGGCCGACCGAAAGGAAGCAAACAGACCACGACCAAGAAGAGCACCACUGUAAAGGAUUCAACAGCAGUUCGAAGUAACGCUUACACUAUUCGUUGAUUAUCAAGAGGAACAUUUGAUCCUGAUUUUUCAUAAAAAAUAAUUGAAUAUGCAAUGAA